UCGCGCUUCAGAAACAUAAUUAUAACCUAUUGCGGUAAAUAAAAUAGUUUCUUAACUUUAUUUAUCGAGGAAAUACCGGCGGCUGUGUUAAAGUUAUUACAUAUUUAGGUAAUUUACCUACUGAUAAUUAUCGUCAAUCCCGAAAUUCACACGUAAUUGUCUUGUGUAUCUGUAUAAUAAUAUCACAAGUACCGCUUAUCAUUGCUGGUCCCUGGGUGUAGAUUUAAUAGUUUCUAGCUUUUAUGCUGAUUAAUAUUGCAGAUGGUUCUAGAUUAAUAGGAAUUUGUAAAACAUGCAACGUAACUUUAGUCUCGUAUUAUCAAAAACCAACCUUUGAACCAUAAGGCAGUUUUGUGAUGUCAUAUUUUGGUGUACCAAUAGUGAUUGUCUUGCUUUCUAUCAUUGUGUCGUACUUCUAUGUGGUGCAAGUUAGUGAUAAAGAAAACGUGAUGGUAAACAAUGGUCUUAUUUUUGUCUCCAAUGCCGCUAAGGUGCAUAAUGUUUGCCAAAAAGCAUCCCAGUUUGUGCAGAAAGUAUUAUAUGUGAAAAUAAAUGGCACUACUGAAGGAUUGCUGCCUGUGAUAAAUAGACAGAUAACAAAUUUAUACUCAAGGGCUACAGCACAAUGCAGCAACUUAGAUGUAAGGCUGAUGCUGAGGCCAGGAGACGCAUUGAAGAGCAUCAGCACACACCACCCUAUAGAUCUGAUAUUAUACGACAGUGAUCUUGACAAGGAUGUGGAAAAGCUAAAACAAAUUGUGGCUACAAAGAAAACUGAAUGUAAACUCCAAUGUGUUGAUACCCUGGAUUCGCUCAAGGAAUCAGGCAGUGAGGAGCCAGUGAAGACGUACGAGUACGUAGCUCUAGGCGGGACAUUCGAUAGGCUGCACAAUGGACACAAGAUUCUCCUGUCGCAGGCUGUGCUUCGAGCUACGAAACAUGUCACCGUCGGCGUGUGUGACGUCAACAUGAUUCGAUUCAAAAAGUUAUGGGAAUUGAUAGAACCAGUCGAGAAAAGGAUAGAGGCAGUACUGAAUUUCCUCAAAGAUGUCAACCCAGACUUGGAAUACAAUGUACUGCCGAUACAAGACGUAUACGGACCGACGAAAGACGAUCCCAAGUUUCAGCUAUUAGUAGUAAGUGAAGAAACAGUGCGAGGGGCACAGAAAGUCAAUGAAAAACGGAGGGAGAACGGAGUGUCGCCGCUAGAGGUCCACGUGAUAGGCCUCACGGAGGACCAGUAUGAGAAGCGAUCGCAAGAGGAGGAGGUCAAAGUCAGCUCCAGCAACCAGAGGAUGAGGAUGUUAGGUACUACCCUGCGGCCGCCAGUGCCUAAUCCCCGGAUUCCCGACUGGCCUUACGUAAUAGGUUUGGCCGGUGGGAUUGCUAGUGGCAAAAGUAGUAUUGCUGAAAAACUAAAAGCUAAAGGCGCUGCGAUAGUGAACUGCGACUUCAUAGCCCACGACCUGUACAAGCCUGGUCUUCCGCUCAACCAGACCAUAGCAGAGACCUUCGGCAAGCAAGUCAUCACGGAGACUGGGGAGGUUGAUAGGAAGAAACUAGGAGAGAUCGUCUUUGGUGAUAAGGCGCAACUAGAAAAGCUGAACCAAGUCCUCUGGCCGGAGAUACUAAACGAAGCUCAGAGGCGGGUGAGGGCGCUGGGCUCUGAAGGGUACAGGGUGGUGGUGAUGGAGGCGGCAGUGAUGGUGCGCGCGCAGUGGUACCACUACUGCCACCAGCUGUGGGCCGUCAUCAUACCGCCGGACGAGGCGAUAAUAAGACUGCAGAAACGCAACAACCUGACUGAAGAAGAAGCUAGGCAGCGGAUCGAGUCCCAACCUUCCAACUUGGAGCAGGUCGCGCUAGCCAACGUUGUGUUCAGUCCCUACUGGAGCUAUGAGUACACGCAGGGACAAAUAGACCGCGCCUGGGAACAGCUGCAAGCACUUCUAGACGCUCGGAAGUAGUAUAUACAUUCUAUACAUACACAUACUAUUGUACAUAUACAGGUGUUAAUAACAUCGUAACGAAAACUUUGAAGGAUGAUUCCGACCACACAGACAGAAGUGGAAUUUUCCCUCGCAUAAGUAUGAAACUGAGAAUAAGUAAAAAAAGCACUAAAGUUUCCAUGAAUUCCACUUGAUAUCAACUCAGAAUAAAUAGCUGAAUUAUCCCCUUCAGUAUUCGUUACGAUGUCACUUCGGUGGCGUCACACUCGGCGUGAUAACGGCAAUCGCUCGUAGUGUGGCGUAUCUUUUGCAAACGAAAGGUACACGAAAUAUAUUAAAGUAAGAUAUAAAGAUAAAAAACAUACAGCCACAAGUAAUCAGAAGACGACUUGCUACCACUGUUGAUAUAAACGUUUGAUAUAAGCCCUAACACGGAGGAAAGACAAAGGAAAAGAAUAGACAAAUAAAGUAAAGACAAUAAUUAUAUUUAUUAGCAACACGCAUACAUGUAUACAUGUUUUUCCGGAUCUUAGGUGCCGAAAAAUUUCUACAUGGGAUAUCAAACCGUUUACCUAUCAGCAAUUGGGUUGACGAUGGAUUAUCGCAGUGUAGGAUGUGCGCCGACAUUUACAUUCCUUGAAUUGUUAAGUUCAUCAAAAUAAUAACAUAAACGCGCUGAUUGCCUUUUGUCUGAUUGAUGUAAUAUCCUCAUGAAUAAAGAAAAUCUAUUACUGUGACGGUGGUAGUGCCAAGAUAACGAGUAGCGUCAUCUAUCAUUAUUGUUGUCUCUUUCGCCGUAGGUACCUCUCUGUCUAGCUGUAAAAUUAAUCAAUCUAUAUGUCGUGGCCAAAUCUUAGAAUUGAUCAUUUCAUGAUGUGCUCGAUCAUUUCACGAAAUUGGUCACAUUUCAUGAAAUAGAAUAUCACACAUUAGCCACAUCAUGAUGUAGUUUGGUCAAAUCAAUGAACACAAAACGUUUAACGAUAUGAGCAACUAAAUGCAUGAUUACUUCAUGAUAUGGCCAAACGUUGUCAAUCAUAUCGUAAAAUUAGUAACUUUAUCCACCGGUAGUGGCGCUGGUGUCGAUUAUAUUAAAAACUUGAUUGAUGUUAUAAUCGAUGAAUCAAUGUAAUUUUACAUAUCAAAUAGAUACAUAAUUUUGUAACCUAAGAAAGUAAUUGACUAAGUCAACUUAAAUGGGCUAUUUCAUGAAAUAUGACCAUUGCAUGAAAUUGUCGAACACAUCAUGAAAUGAUGAAUUCUACGAUCUGGCCUAUAUAAAAUAUAAAAUAGUAGUCCAUAGUUAUUAAUAUCAAAUGCCUUAUGCUUAUUUAAGACAAAAUGUUGCUGAAAAGCUGAUUUAUCAUAAGACUGUUGAAUUAUUCUAAGAUUUCUCAGUAUAAUAAAAAGCAUUUGGGGAGGGGGAGGUUUUGUAAAUAAAUCGCGAAAUAUAAAUAUUUUGUUUUCAGGGAUAUAGUUUCGAUAGAGAAUAUUAUAUAGCGAAUUAAGUAGUAAUAAGUAUAUUGUAUUGUUGAUAUAUCGUUGCAAAUACAAUUAUUUUGCUACUAUG